AUGGUGGAGUUCGCUGUGGGCGACCUGUACGACGCCGUUGCUAGCAGAACCAACGGCGCAGUGAUCAAUCCAACUGCUUUUUACGAGUGCAAGUACUGUCCCAUGUUUCAGGUCUCUGGCACGUCGCUGCGUGAUUCGGAUAGAGGACGUGCGCAUGCUGCAGCUCACCGGAUUGCGUUUGAAGCACUUCUUGAACCUUCUCCAGUGCUCAUAUGUCCAAUCUGUGAUCUCCCUCAAAAAACUAGCGAAGUCGCUUGUGUUUUCGGCUGCAUGUUCAACGAUCUUGAUCUCGUUGAGCACCUCGAACAAGAGCAUGGGGAUACACUGCGGGACGAAAUGGUGUGUGAUUUUUCUGAUCCUCGGUAUCUAUUCACAACUUUUCGAGAGAUACGUUCUUCUCUUGAAAUAGCUCCAUUGUUGCAAGAAAGAAUUUCGGAAGUAAGGACCGAGUCAACUACUGCCGACGAUGACAGCGAUACCAUCGUAUUGAGUGAUGGUGACGCUAAAUCAAAUGCUAGUUCGGAUGAAAUAGAGGAGAAAUGUUCCCUUCAAGUGAACGCAGAAUCUUUACGGAGAGAAGAGGAAACUGCACCAAACGUAGGAAUUUCUGAAGGAUUCGUUAUGGAGAUAAAAGCUUAUCUACCAAAGCCUUCCGAAGUUCUUCUUGGAGAGAAGAAAACUUUCGUUGCUGGCGAGAUGGGCUCUCCUAGGGAUUUCUCGACAUGGACGCAAUGCCAAGCCGUCACCUCCGGUGGAAAUACCUUUACUAGUGAGUGCAACAUUCCUACGUCUAGCACCGUCGAACAUUCACCAAACUUUUCUGAGCCGAGUGUCACGCAGGGAACAUCAAAUAACAUAGGGUUCAAUUUGGGCAAUGAGUGGAAUACCAGUAAGGACCAAGCAACAAUCACGGAUAAAGAAGUAGGCAUCAGUCAGACAUUAAGCCGGUCUCGUGACGUUGUAGUGGAGCAGGAGCCGCGACGCCGUGAGCAAAUGGAUGGUGUGAGUUUCAUCGCAUGUCUCAUCUGUGAAUGGGCACCAAAGACGUUUCAUGAUCCUCGUAAAAUGCGGGAAGAGAUUUCCUUACAUGUUCGAUCACAUAUCCGCGAAGAAGCAAAUAAGCUUCCUGGUCGAACUGAUGCCUCGUUUGCGGAUCAACGCUUGCUGAGCUGUAUGGAUUUCAGUCUUGAAGAGUAUUUUGAAAAAGAGCAUUUGACAGAUCUUAGUGGAACUAUCAACUCCCGCAUCAUGGAGCGAGUUUACAGUGACCUCUUAACGAAGCUUUUCGGAAUCUGUGUUCCCGUAGUAUAUCGGAUUUUGCACGGCAAUAACGGCAAUCCUUUUCGUGCUCCAGAAGCUUUGCGUAAAAAGAGAAAAGCUAGAUCUGGCAGAGUCAGAGGAAAGUAUUCUGGACUUUGGUCCUUUAGAGAUACAUUUAGGAGCAAUUCCAAUUCCACUGAAACUACGGAGAGCAGUGAUGCGGAUAGCAGUGCUCGCGAAAAUGAUGACCUUCCCGGCAUCGCCACUUACAACAUAGAUCAACAUAUCCAAUGUGCACGUGCUGAAUGCGGUCAUUCCUUGCUUACUCCUACAGAUCGAAUGGCCAUAGUGCAUCAUAUUGCUUCUCAUAUACGUCAUGACGAGUCAAGGUUAUUGAGCAGAGCAGGAGCUUCUCCCGUAGUUGCUUGCGAUUGUGGAGCUACGGUAGGAUCACCCAUGGGUUAUGUCUACCACAUAGUUCAUGACCAUGUCUUUGAGCACAGGCAGUUUUCAGAAAUUGCAGCCACAAUAGUAUCUUACCUUACUUUAAUAGUAGAAACCGCUAUUGAAUCUGUGCUUGCUGUCCGUCUAGAUUUUCGAUCAACAAAGUGGACUCUAUGGUGUGCAUAUUUCUGUUUGGAAGAUGAUGAAGGUGAAGAGCAAUUUUUUGCUGACAGCACCGACCUAAACGAACACUGGUUGAAACUGUGGGAAGAUUUCACUGAUGAGUCCAUGAUCGGCAAAAUUAAGUUUUAA